AUGAGCCGCGCCCCCUCCCCCGCACGCCCCGCCAGCGACGAUGACGCUCGUGAUGCCCAGGCCGGACCGCGAGACGUCCCCGCAGCCCCCGAUCCUCGCGGAGACGCGCGAGACGCGCACCACACGGAGGCCGAACCCAACGCCGCGCUCAUCGCGCAGACACUCAACGCGGACGGCACCCCGAAGCGCCCCAUGAACGCGUUCAUGAUCUUCGCCCGCCGCCGCCGCCCCCAGCUCUCCGCCGCGAACCAGAGCAUGCGCACGGGCGAGAUCAGCAAAAUACUGUCUAAGGAGUGGACCCAAAUGCCGCUCUCUGAGAAACAAUUCUACCUUGACCAGGCAAAGCACCUGAAGGACAACUUCAACUCCAAGUACCCCGAGUACGUCUACCGCCGCAAGCCCAACAACAGCGCGCGCCGCCGCCGCCGCGCGGACGGCACCGGCGGCUCGCCAGAAGCAGACGAGCACGAGCACGGCGCGCACGGCCCCGCGGACGACGGCGCGGGCGACACCCCGCCCGCGCGCGCCGCCACAUAUCCGUACCCGGACACGGGCGUGCGCAGGGAGGCGGACUACUUCCCGGACCGCCUCAGCGACUUCACGCUCCACCGCCCGAGCUCGCUGCAGCACCACCAGGGGCACGGGUACAUGGGCGGCUGGGCGGGCAGGCGGCCGCAGAGCUACUCGCCGUCCUCGUCCUCGCACGGCUCGUGGCUGGCGGGGAGCAGCGCGUCGCCGGCGCCGCUGGCGGGCGACGAUCCGUAUGCGUUCUCGAGCUUUGGUGGAUAUGGUGGGCAGGGGCAGGGCUCGGUGUCUGGGUCGUCGGGCUUGUCAGGGUCCUCUGGACUGUCUGGCUCGACGGCGUCAGGGCUAUCUGGUUCGACGGCGUCUGGCCUCUCCAGCUCUCCCUCUGGUCUCUCCAGCUCCUCAGGCGUCCCCGCGCCCUCACUCUUCGGCCUCGACGGGCGUGGGAGCGGUUUUGGUGGCGGGCGCGCAUUCCUCCCGCCCGUGUCGAGUGACUACGGCUCCCGCAGCUCGGACUAUGCGUCUCGAGGCUCGGAUUUCGCCGGCCGCACCUCGGAGCUGGGCGGCGGAAGAGGGUCGGAAUAUGGCAGGUCGGAGUACAACAGGUCGGAGUUCAGCCGUGACUUUGCCAGCAACCGCGCGAGCGAGUUUGGCAGCACGCGAGCGAGUGACUUCGGGAGCAACAGGGCGAGCGACUUUGGCGGCAGCAGCAGCACGGGCAGCAGUGACUAUGCAGGAGGACGAGGAGACUACUCGCGCGCAGACUACACGGCGCGCGCAGAGUACGACGGCGCGCACUCUCGCUCGGCCGACCUCGCUGCUCGCGCGCGCGAGAUCGCCGUGCGGGCGGGCGUUGACGUCUCGCGAAUGGGCGGCGACGUCUCGCGAAUGGGUGGUGACGUCUCGCGAACGAGUGACCUCCCCGCGCUCUCAGCGUCGCGCUCGACAGAGUUCCCGCGCGGGCCUGAUUUUUCGUCGUCUACGUCCUCUGCGCGGAGUGACAGUUCACUACGCGGGGACUCACUGUUCGGCACCGGACGUGUGGGACUGCCGCCGCUACCACGGCUGGGCGGGUACGCAGGGAGCGGCGGGAGCGCGUCACCGCACAACCCGUCCGCGCCGGAUUUGAUGUGGCCGAAGCGCGAGCAAUGA